AUGAGGCACCUGCGUUUCGCUGAGGUUCACCUCCACAACGUUUUGGUUCUGCUGCAGCAUGGACAAAAUCGCCAGGCCCGCGGCGAGCGAGAUGGUGUUGCACGAGAGGUCUAUGCGCGCGAGGCGUGGGUGCUUCACCAACGUCCGGCAGAAGAACACAACCGAGUCAUUGUUGAGCCCACUGCUUGGGACGUAGAGCUCCCGCAGGUUCUCGUUCUUCGCGAGGAGACUCGUCAUGGCCUGAAGGCCCACGGCGCCAAGGUAGUUGCGGGUGAAGUCCACGACGGAGCCGUGGCGAACAGUGUCGGCCCGCAACGCCAGCGCGGUGUUUACCUUGGCCUUGAGUGCGGCGUAGUUGGAGACGAUUUCAUCGUACGCCUCGCGGUCCUUCACGCCGAGCGGCAGUGUCUCCGUCGACUGCGGGCGGAACUUUGA